CGUUGCCAGGCGUGUAAUAGGGGAAACUCCUCCCCGCCGGGGCCGCCUCGCAGGCGCUGCCAGAGGAGCGGCUGCCUUGCUGCCCCCACCUCCGAACGUGCGGCGGCCGCACACCGAGCGCAGAGCCCACCGCCUGUGCACCCGCGCGCAGCUCGCGGCAGAAGGGGCAGCGCCGCGCGGCGCUGCGGGGCGGCGGGAUUAGGGACUGCUCGAGCCCACCCGCUCCCGCCACCAGGCUGUGCUGACCCGGCGCCCAGGCGGCUGGAGGCGGCAGGCGCGCGGCGGGCAGCGGGCGGGGGCGGCGCGCCGCGGUGGCAGGGUGCCCCGCGUGCACCCCGCAUAGCUGGGCGCAGACCCGCGGGCCGUCGGGGGCGCGGCGGCCCGCCCGAGCCCACACCUGUCCGGCCGCGGUGGCCGGGAGCCCGAGUGGCGCCGCAGUCAGUGGCACCAGAGGCAGCGAGGGAGGGAAGAGCCCGCGGAGGCGAGGCCCGCGCUCCGGAGGAAGCCGCGCCUGGCUGGAGGCCCCAGACCCUGCUCCCCGAGCUCCACCGCACCAUGGCCCCGAAGCUGCUCCUCCUCCUCUGCCUGUUCUCGGGUUUGCACGCCCGGUCCAGGAAGGUGGAAGAGGAUGAAUAUGAAGAUUCAUCAUCAAACCAAAAGUGGGUCUUGGCUCCAAAGUCCCAAGACACUGAUGUGACUCUUAUCCUCAACAAGUUGCUAAGAGAAUAUGAUAAAAAGCUGAGGCCAGAUAUUGGAAUAAAACCGACCGUAAUUGACGUUGACAUCUAUGUUAACAGCAUCGGUCCUGUGUCAUCAAUAAACAUGGAAUACCAAAUUGAUAUAUUUUUUGCUCAGACCUGGACAGACAGUCGCCUUCGAUUCAAUAGUACAAUGAAAAUACUCACUCUGAACAGCAACAUGGUGGGAUUAAUAUGGAUUCCAGAUACAAUCUUCCGCAAUUCUAAAACUGCAGAGGCUCACUGGAUCACCACCCCCAAUCAGCUCCUCAGAAUUUGGAAUGAUGGGAAAAUCCUUUACACUUUAAGGCUCACCAUAAACGCAGAGUGCCAGCUACAGCUGCACAACUUUCCCAUGGAUGAACAUUCCUGUCCACUGAUUUUUUCCAGCUAUGGCUACCCCAAAGAAGAAAUGAUUUACAGAUGGAGAAAAAAUUCAGUUGAGGCAGCUGAUCAGAAAUCCUGGCGGCUUUAUCAGUUUGACUUUAUGGGCCUCAGAAACACUACAGAAAUUGUAACAACAUCUGCAGGUGAUUAUGUUGUCAUGACUAUAUAUUUUGAAUUGAGUAGAAGAAUGGGAUACUUCACUAUUCAAACUUACAUUCCCUGUAUACUGACUGUGGUUUUAUCCUGGGUGUCAUUUUGGAUCAAAAAAGAUGCUACACCAGCAAGAACAGCAUUAGGCAUCACCACAGUGCUGACCAUGACCACGCUUAGCACCAUUGCCAGGAAUUCCUUGCCCCGUGUGUCCUAUGUGACAGCCAUGGACCUCUUUGUGACUGUUUGCUUCUUAUUUGUCUUUGCUGCUCUGAUGGAGUAUGCCACCCUCAACUACUAUUCAAGUUGUAGAAAACCAACUACCACUAAGAAGAAAACAUCGUUAUUGCACCCAGAUUCCUCAAGAUGGAUUCAUGAGCGAAUAAGCCUACAAGCCCCCUCCAGGAAAAGUGUAAUGACCUUGAAGAAAGUAUGUAGAAAAACAACUCAGAGAGAAAGGGCUCCAGGCCAGAACUAUUCUCUCCUUGACGUGAGGCCACCACCACCUGCAAUGAUCACUUUAAACAAUUCUGUGUACUGGCAGGAAUUUGAAGAUACCUGCGUCUAUGAGUGUCUGGAUGGCAAAGACUGUCAGAGCUUCUUCUGCUGCUAUGAAGAAUGCAAAUCCGGAUCUUGGAGAAAAGGGCGUAUUCACAUAGACAUCUUGGAGCUGGACUCAUAUUCUCGGGUCUUUUUCCCUACAUCAUUCCUGCUCUUCAACUUGGUUUAUUGGGUUGGAUACCUGUAUCUCUAAAUAUUUCUGUGGUGAUGAGUAAAGAGCACUAGACUUCACUCUUUACUUUCACUGUCCCCAGACCAGUAGUGACCAAUUGGAGUAGGAAGGAAAAACACUGCUCAGUUUAUCUGAAGUUAUACAUUACCUUUGAGCAGCACCGGAGUACCUGGCAACCAUUUCUAUUAUGCAUUUCACACUCACACACAUGCGUGCGCACACACACAUUAAUUGAGUUUUAAAGUGAUAUUCUUGCUAAUCCCUUAUUGAAUCUGUAGGUUGGUGAUGUUUAUGAAUGGUUUUUGGAUAUUGGAAACAGUUGCCAAUUGCCAUUGCAAGGAAAUCUGUAAAACAUGUAAGCAAAUACCCGGAAGCUCUCUUAUGCCAAGACCCCUUCUAUAUCUUUCCUUAGCAACUCUUAGGAGCACCAGUGCCCACAAGUGUGGAGUCACUGCUUGCUGGGACACACUCAUGUUGACCUCAUCCCCAUGUUCCUGGACAGUCUGAGUUCAAGUAUGAACUGCAGUGAGUUUUGACCUGGUUUCCUCUCUUUGUGACCUCUUUUACUCUGGAACUAUCAUUGUUACCUAGAAUUUCUUUAUUUAAUAAUCUCACCCUAGGUUUAGGAAGGGUGUAUAUGCAUUAUCCACAAGUUUCCAGUUGAGAAAAAAAUAUGAUUUGAAAAAUUCUCAUGUUGCUGAAUUCAAUGAUGUUGAUUAUCUCUGAACAUCAGAAGGUUAUUACUCUAUUCCAAACUACUAAAAGUAAGCAGUAUUUUAA